AUGGCCUCGCAGCCCACGCCGGCGUGGGUGCUGCUGCUCAGCCUGCUGGCCGGCUGCCUGCCCGCCGCGCAGCCCAGGGACUUCACCGCGAAGGACAUCGUCUACCUCCACCCUUCCACCACGCCGUAUCCUCAUGGAUUUAAGUGUUUCACCUGCGAAAAGGCAGCAGAUAAUUACGAAUGCAACCGAUGGGCUCCGGAUGUCUAUUGUCCAAGAGGUACAAGAUACUGCUUUAGCCAACAUAUGAUGAAAGUUACUGGAGAGAGUGUAUCCGUCACCAAACGCUGCGUACCAUUAGAGGACUGUCUGUCUACGGGAUGCACAUAUGUAAAGCAUGAAGAAUACAAGAUCUGCACCUCCUGCUGCGAAGGAAGCAUCUGCAAUCUGCCCCUACCGCGGAACACAACCGACGCCGUAUUCACAACCCUCUCCCCCCUCAACAAAACACAGCGGCUGUCGCAGCCCGUCCUGCUGACGACGGCGUGUCUCUGGCUGGGGUUGAUGUCGCAGCGCUGGGCGACGCUGCCACACGCGGCGGGUCCGGACAGCUGAGCCGGGCGAGAACAUCGGCGUGAAUGGUCAACCUCUCCGUUCUUUGGAGUUGUCUUUGAAAGACGGGGUUUCCUCCUUAUUCUUCGUUGAUGACGAACUCGGGAGCCUGGGAGGUAGACAUAGUUGAAGGGGGUAAAACCAUCACGUGCUUCUCUACUGUUUUCUGAAGAAACUCACGCCAAACGUUCCCAGAAUCCAUGGCUGAGACUGAUGCGUACGCUUUUCUUAAUGCCUGUCUUUUCUCCAAGAAGAAACGUUAUUUAAAAGUACUAUAUCCCUGCCGGCUGCUAGUAUUGCCACUUACACAUAUGAAACUUUCUCAUUGUAAUUUGUUACUGCGCUAACUCUGGUGUCUCAUUAACCUGUUUUGAGAACAUAGGGUAAAUAAUAUAUAGUCGGUAUGUCUUUGCAGUGUCCCCACAUCUCCUCUCCUGUAGCGAGGCAGCAGUCGCUGGAAGGGAUGAGGUCAAGGAAGCAGGAGCAGCUUGGAUCAGGUCAGCGUCGCACACAGAUGCUUCCUCUGAAAUCCUUCUGGAUUGAGAUGCUGGUGCCUGCUGAGCCAACAGGUUCCCAGCAUUUCAGGGCUUUAGGUAUUUUCACAUUUUGGCACCCAGUCCUACUGUAUGAGACAGAGUCAAUCCUGGCUAGCUUCUGUUAUUUUAUUUAAUGCACUCCUGCUAUGGAGUAUGGACUAUUACUAGCUCCAGCUGUAUUUUGGUGACCUGUUUUGCUCGGAAAUCAUGUAUGCAAUAUUUAUUUUUGUAUGUUGAGUAGGAUCUAAAGUGUUUAAAAGAUUCUUAUUACUGAUAUUGCUAGGCAAAAUGGUUGUUUGGCAAGUGGGUAAGCCUGUAAUAUAUAAAUUAUCAUAAAUAUAUAU